AACUCUUAAGAUAUCUUUCUCUUCACAAUUCUGGAAAGAAUUAUUCAUUAGUCACUAGUUUCUUCCGUAUCAAUUGAAUUAAUUUUUAUCGAAUUAUUUAAAUUUUUGACGAAUAUAAACACUUAGUUUAUUUAUAUGAUUAAUUUUUGACUUGUUUAAUUUGAUAAAUUGCCGUGAGAUUUCAAUUUGAACAUAUAUUUUCAACCAAACGACCUCGUUUCUAGAGAUCCCAACUUCAAGCGGCGUGCAAAUUCGCGGCGGAGCAGAGUGAGGGAGAAGGGAAACUUGGGAAAAACCGCCGAUGGAGGAAGGUUUAGAGAAGAGAGAAUUGGAAGGUGCAGUGGUUAGCAAGGUUGCCGAAGUGAUUUCGGCCAUGAAGAACGCGAAGCACGUUGAUGAAGUCAUUUGUGCGCUUCGCUCCAUAGCCACCCUUCUUUUUCCCCUUCACCCUUCUCUUUUCUCAGAUAGCAUUGGCGAGAGUUACCGAGACCAGGUUCUCGGGGUGAAAGUUCCUUCCGCAGAAGAACGAGAUGGGUUGUGGCGUGCGUUUUAUCGAGGAGCUGCUUUUCCUACACUUGCUAGGUUUUUAUUACUUGAUGUUGCAUCCAAUUGGUUGGCUUGUUUUCCCAUUUCCGCGCUGAAAUAUGUUUAUGAUGUUUUCUUUGUCCGUGGAUUGGUCACUGAGGUGCUGCAGAUUUUGGUUCCUUUUCUCCAGCAGAAUGGAAGUGAUGGUCUUGAUGUUAAUGCUGUCCUCUCAAAUUCUGAAAGAUUGAUUGUACUGUGCUUACUUGAAAAUAAUGGGGUGCUUCAGAUAGCAAGAGAGUUUGGUGGCAGUGCUUCUAAAGUGAGAAAUGUUAUAGAUGAACGGAUCAAGCUGGAUGUAUCUAGGGUGGCACAGAUUGUUGCAUCUAUUCCUGACAAAGCAAGAAUGAACUCCCUGACUUCAUUGUCAUCACAUGUGUUCUUCAAGCAGAUUAUUGUCCAACUACUCUCACUGGCAGAAGAGAGAGAACUAAUUUUGCUAGAAAAUAUAGAAAAGGAUGAAAUGGACAAAAAUGGUGCCCUGUUAUUUGUAGGGGAAAUGUUUUCUCGCAUUUGUCGCCGUGGCUCUGCUGAUCUGCUAUGUAGUGAAUUAAUACCCCGAGUUCUAAAGCUUGUCAACAGCUGCUUAUCAUCAAGUAAUGAUUCAGUUACUAAGGAUUUGCUUGAGUCAAAAUCAGACAGUGUGUUUUGGUUGAGAAUUAUUGAAUCCAUCAGGGAUCCUUAUACUACGGAAAGAAUCUCUGAGCAGAUUUUUCAUAAUCUAGCAACUCAAAAAGCAAAUGGCGUUCAAGCAUAUUGGGUCCUGUGGUUGUUAUUCCAUCGAAUUUUUAAGCUUCAGGCUUCUGUCAGGUCUAUGUUUGUUGACAAAUUCCUGCUAUGGAAAGUAUUCCCUGUUAGCUGUCUGAAAUGGAUACUUCAAUUUUCUGUGCUUGAAGAGCCCCCAGGUACAACCUUAGCAGGACAUAAUCGCUCUGGACUCUUGAACACAGUCCAUCGUUUGGUAGCAGUUUGGUCUAAGAAAGAAUUUGUGCAAACAGUACCUAUUGAGCAGCAAGCUUAUAUAUCUGCUGCACUAGGCCUUUCUCUAGAGACUAUGUCUAAGGAGGAAUUGGAUGGGAUGAAGGAUGCCAUGCCCUUGAUUCUUCAAGGAGUUAGCUGUAGGCUGGAGAGUCCUGAUCAUUUAGUACGAAAAAUGGCUAGCUGUGUUGCUUUGGCAUUGUCUAAAAUUAUUGAUCCAAAAAAUCCGUUGUACCUGGAUGACAGCUGCAGUGGGGAGACAAUUGAUUGGGAAUUUGAAUUCACUGUUUCCAAUAAAGGUACUCUGGUGGCCUCAAAUUGCACAGAUAAAAGUGUUGAGGGAACAAAAAUAUCUCCAGUGUCAGGUCCAAUGAGGGACUCCGAUUCCCCUUCCAAUAAAGAGAGAAGUAUUAGUGUAAAGGGUAAAGAGAAGUUCUUGGAUUUUCAUGUGCUUGAUCCAGAUGAGAUUCUUGAUCCAGCAGCACUGAAUCUUGAAUCAGACAUUGACAAUGAGGAUGAUGAUGACAGUGCUAGUGAGAAUUCAUAUUCCUCAAGUGAUUCAUCUUUACAGCCAUAUGAUUUGUCAGAUGAUGACUCGGAUUUGAAAAGAAAAUUUUCACAGUUGGCUGAUGUAGUUGCUGCUCUUAGAAAAUCUGAUGAUGCUGACGGGGUGGAAAGGGCUCUUGAUGUAGCUGAAAAGCUCAUAAGAGCAUCUCCAGAUGAACUAAAACACACAGCCAAGGAUCUGACCAGAACUCUUGUUCAGGUUCGUUGCUCUGAUAUAGCUUUAGAAGGUGCAGAAGAAUCAACCGAAGACAAAAGACAAAGAGCAUUAGUUGCCUUAGCAGUCACCUGCCCAUUUGAAUCACUUGACACACUAAACAAGCUUUUGUAUUCACCUAACGUAGAUAUCAGUCAGCGCAUUAUGAUACUAGAUGUCAUGACAGAAGCAGCUCAGGAGCUUGCUGAAUCAAAAAUUAUGAAACCCAAACAUCAGACUAGUUCCCUUAUUUCAGUUGUUUCAGAUACCCGACCUUGGUUCUUGCCAAGCAGUGCAGGGACUCCUGGAGCUGGUUCCUGGAAACAGAUCUCAGGUACUGGCACUUUGUUGAAUUGGUCAAAUAUCUAUGAGAGGGAACUUCCCCCAAAACCUAAUCAGGUCAAGAAAGGGAAAACACGCCGGUGGAGCCUAAGAUCUCCUGCACAACAAAACCAGAUGGAGUUUUCUCAAAAUAAGUUUCCCAUGUAUGCUGCUGCGUUCAUGCUUCCUGCCAUGGAGGGAUAUGAUAAAAAAAGGCAUGGUGUUGACUUGCUUGGCAGGGAUUUUAUUGUCCUGGGGAAACUCAUUUAUAUGCUUGGGGUUUGUAUGAAAUCUGUAGCGAUGCAUCCUGAAGCAUCUGUGCUGGCUCCUUCCCUCCUGGAUAUGUUAAGAUCCAGAGAGGUAUGCCAUCACCAGGAAGCAUAUGUAAGAAGAGCCGUCCUGUUUGCAGCUGCAUGCGUAUUGGUUGCCCUUCACCCUGCUUACCUUUCAUCUGCCUUACUUGAAGGAAAUGUUGAAAUUUCCACUGGCCUUGAAUGGAUCCGCACAUGGGCACUUGAGGUAGCUGAGUCAGACACAGAUAGAGAAUGCUAUACGAUGGCUAUGACAUGUAUACAACUCCAUGCUGAGAUGGCCCUUCAAACUUCCCGAGCAUUGGAGUCAGCAAGAACUUCGCUCAAGGCAGGUCCUGCGCUCUCUUCUGAUGCAUCCAAAGUGACCAUUAAAAUUCCCUACCUAAACGGGGAUUAGUGAUACUACUGGCGAUUGUGAAUGGCUUCUAGCCCAGAAUACGAUUCAAAAUUGUUCUAAUUAUUUCUGCUACUCGUUUAAUAUUUUAUUCAGUCCUUGGAUUUUUGAAAAAUUUGUAUAUUUUAGGUUUCUAGAUUGGUGUACAUACUGAUUUCGGAAGCAUUUCGAAUUUAAUAAUAUUUUCUUCUUUGCUAG